AAGCCGUAUUGAUGAAGAACAACAGCAUGGGAGCGAUUCAAUUUUGUUUACUAAUACUUGUUGUUGUUUCAACAGAAUCAACGGAAUCCGUAAAAUUUUCUGUGCGCCUUGUGAAUGGCACCAAACGUUCGGGUAUGGUUGAGCAACUUCUUGGAUCGACAUGGAAGUCAUUAUGUGGAGGUGUGUGUUGGACAGCCGAAAAUGCUCGUGUCACCUGCAAAGAAUUGGGAUUCCAAGGAGGAAGUCGGCCUUCCGAGGACAGGGGAAUUAUUGGUGAUGAUACUCCGGGAAGAUAUAAAUGCCAAGGAAACGAAAAUGUUUUACGCAAUUGUUAUCAGAUCAGCAGUUGCUCACCAACUCAAUGUAAAUACGGGGCUCAAGUCAUUUGCCAAGAUGCAGUUCGGCUAAUUGAUCACGAACCCUUCGGCAACAAAAGAAUCGAGUUUUUCAAACAAAAUUCAAAGAAAAAAUGGAAGUGGGGAGGUCUCUGUAGCAAAUGCUGGACAGGUACCAACUCCAAUGUUGUAUGUCACCAGUAUGGAUUAAGAUCCGGUGAGGUAAAGGAGACUGAAACCAUCAAGAAAAACCAAAAUAUAUGGCAUCAUGUCCAGUUUAAUUGCAGUGGUGAUGAGAAACACCUUUCCGAUUGUCCUAGAAGUAACCAGGAGUGUCAAAAUUGUGGAAAUGAUGAAGCCAUAAUUAACUGUAUUCAAAAAGAACCCAGUUACAACGAGAAAUGCGAUAACAAAACAGGCUGUAAAAACGGUUUGAUUUGUAAAGACAACGUCUGCAAAUGUGGAGACGACACUACUUCAUUUUGGAAUGUUGACCAAAUGAAAUGUACACAAAAACCCAGUUACAACGAGAAAUGCGAUAACAAAACAGGCUGUAAAAACGGUUUGAUUUGUAAAGACAACGUCUGCAAAUGUGGAGACGACACUACUUCAUUUUGGAAUGUUGACCAAAUGAAAUGUACACAAAAACACAGUUACAACGCGAAAUGCGAUAACAAAACAGUCUGUAAAAACGGUUUGAUUUGCAAAGACAACGUCUGCAAAUGUGGAGACGAAAGCACUUCAUUUUGGAAUGAUGACCAAAUGAUAUGUACAAAAAAACUGGAUUUCAACGAGACAUGUACAAACAGGACAGAAUGUAUGAGAGGUUUGAUCUGUGCUGUAAACAAUGUCUGCAGAUGUGAAAAUGAAACUACUUCAUAUUGGAAUACGGAUAAAAAUACAUGUACCGAGAAACAAAGUUACAACGAGAGAUGUGGUAAUCAGCUGAUUUGUCACAAUGGUCUGAUGUGCACAGAUGAUGUCUGCAAAUGUCAAAACGAAACCAGUUCAUUUUGGAAUGUUGACGAAAUGAAAUGUACAAAAAAACUGGAUUUCAACGAGACAUGUACAAACAGGACAGAAUGUAUGAGAGGUUUGAUCUGUGCUGUAAACAAUGUCUGCAGAUGUGAAAAUGAAACUACUUCAUAUUGGAAUACGGAUAAAAAUACAUGUACCGAGAAGCAAAGUAACAAUGUGACAUGUGGCAAUCAGCCGAUUUGUCUCAAUGGUUCGAUAUGCAAAGAUGAUGUCUGCAAAUGUGAAAACGAAACCAGUUUGGUUUGGAAUGUUGACGAAAGGAAAUGUACAAAAAAACUGGAUUUCAACGAGACAUGUACAAUCAGGACAGAAUGUAUGAGAGGUUUGAUAUGUGCUGUAAACAAUGUCUGCAGAUGUGAAAAUGAAACUUCUUCAUAUUGGAAUACGGAUAAAGAUGCAUGUACCGAGAGAUCGAGUCUCGGCGAAAACUGUACGCUAUACAUGUUCGCAAGCUGUAAAGACACUUUGGAAUGUAAAGAGGACGACAUCCUAGGUGCUGUUUGUCGAAAAAAGAAUGAGGACGUGUCAAGUGGGAAGAUUGAUGGCGACAGGGAAAAUCAAGUACUUUGGCCAAUUUUUGUUGGAGUGUCCAUUGCCGUCCUGUUCAUCAUACUGAUUGUCGCAGUUGUAGUUCGUUGGUUUAAGAAGAAAAGAAGAAACGCUUCGAAAUACGAACAGGAUGUAUCCUAUCACCAUCGGCAGCCUUUGGACUACAGCGAGCCUGUUCUUAAUUUAUCCGAUGAAAAUUUGAAUGAAAACCAAGAAAACAACGCCAGCGAAGACGGUCUUUAUAGCCUAGCGCAGAGUAACAUCAUUGUCUCAGUACCCGCACCAACAACAACGAAAAUGACUAAAACCGAUGAAUAUGGUUACGGUGUUCUUGGGGGGAGGAUCUUGGAAAAUGAUGAUGACGGACUGUACUCACAUUCCAAGCAAUGGACCAACACUGGGGAAUACGAUAUGUUUGUCAGGAAAGACAGCGACACUGAUGUGAACAAUUUAUAUGAUCAUACUCGAGGAAUUCAACAGGAAAAUCUGUAUGAUGAAUUUAAAUGAAAAUACCAUCGACAACAUUAAAAAAACUAUAUUAAAAGUGAUA